UGGCCUCUAGUUCUUUCAGCGCUUAUGAUGCGCUGAAAGGUUGUCGGUUGCUCGGCGCUUCAAAUCAACUGUUUAAUGUCUAAAUUCGGCUUGAGGAGCUUACUUGGCACUUUCUGCUCACCAGAGAAGCCAUCGCGACGCUUUACUGUGCGUGGAGUCCGCCUACAGUCACUGUAAGGAAGCAAGGAUGUUGAUUGUUGGAAUGGUUAACUUGAAAAGUGCCUCUAGCUUACGUUUAUUUAGCUCGUUUAGCAGUUAGCCAGUUAGCUGUGUGUCUGCUAGCAAGCAUGAUUGCUUGCAAAAUGGGUUUGCUGCAGAGGGUUUUUACCUUUUUUAAGGCCUUUCUAAAACCUUUUAAGAAUUGACCAAAUAAUGUGAGACCAUUGACUGUCCAGUAUGUGUCACCAGACAGGGGCUUAUAACUACGUUAUCCCGGAACUGUGGAGCUAAAGUUGCUAACUUGCCGCGAGUGGGAAUCAAGCAAGUGAGCUAGCGAUAUAACAUUAUAUCGAUGCUAGCUGAUAAGAUGUAUUGGUCGGUUUAUCAGAGCCAUGGGUGGUUUUACGUGUAUUUUGAAACAAGUGAAGAUUUAUGAUCAUCUUUGUUGUGUUAGCCUACAUCAGCAAGAUGUGCAUUUUGCAACAGGCCCGCCUCACUAAUGUUACUUUGCCAUGUUUUAGAUAGCAAGCAGGGUUUGUUUUGGACAUGGUGGGUAACGGUAACGUGCUAAUUUAGCUGUCCAUCCCUGAUCGGGCAAGUCCAGAUUGAUUGUAACGAUAAACUCUUAAUAAAGGUCAGCUUUUACUUUAGUGAACCGUUAGUAAGCAGUUUGUUGGGGUUAGAUACGUCGCUUAUGUAUAGUCGUUAGCCUGCUAGGUAGCUAGCCAGUUCCAGGGGUUUUCAACCGGUGGUCCGCGGACCCCUGGUGGUCCGCGGCGGCAUUGCAUGUGGUCCGUGACAAGAGCCUAUGUUGAUCAGUUCACCAUUGUUUUUUUUUAAUAUAAAUUCGCUUUGAUAUUUCAACACAUUUCCAGAAUACCGUUACAUAUCGUGAAAAAUAUGUUUAAAAUAAUAUAAAGGAAAUUCAAGCUGACAGAAUGUAGCCUUGCGCCUAUCCAGUCUAUGGUAGCCUGUGAUUCGCUAAUGGUAAUGAGUUGCGUCGCUAACCUCACUUAUUAUUCAUUACGUACAGUCUUGCGAGCAAAGUUGACACACAUUUAUAAGCAUAGCCGACGAGAGUAUUUUAAGAUAGGUUGUAGUACAGCAAACAUUUGUUACAUAUGUACUAGUCUAGCUAUAUAUCUAGCACCAAUGGAUCGUUUUGUAGUGAGGAAAGUGCCAGAGGGACAGGCUGCCAUGACAGAGGGUCAGGCUGCCACGACAGAGGGACAGGCCGCCACGAUAGGGCAAGGACAGGCUUCCGAAGGGUCAACUUCGCAAAAAAGACGAAAAAGAAAAUACAAUGAGGAAUAUGUUAAAUAUGGAUUCACAGUGACGACAGACAGAGCAGGAGAGGAGGUACCACUGUGUUUCGUAUGUUCAACAAUUCUCUGUAAUGAAGCUAUGAAGCCGUCGAAACUUACGCGGCAUAUGGAGACGCAUCACGUCCACUUGAAGGCCAAACCCGUUGAGUACAUGCAACAGAUGUUGCGUGAUUUCAAAGGACAGCCGGCUACCAUGAGGAAGAGUGCAAAAAUAAAUGAAAACGCACUGAAAGCAUCGUAUCUGGUCGCUCUCAGGGUUGCAAAAAGUAAGAAGCCCCAUACCAUUGCAGAGCAGCUUAUAUUGCCAGCAGCCAUAGAUAUGUGCAGAGCUAUGGUAAGCGAAGAAUGUGCCAACAAAUUAAAAACUAUUCCGUUGUCAGACAACACAAUCGGAAGACGAAUUGGGGAAAUGGCAAAUGAUGUCAAAGACCAGCUGAUGGCAAAACUUCAGACAGUUCUGUUUUCCCUUCAAAUCGACGAGACGACAGAUGUUACUAAUGAUGCGCAACUGUUAACAUUUGUGCGAUACGAGGACAGUGGCACUAUGUGCGAGGAAUUUCUUUUUUGCAAACCACUGCCCGGGCGAACUACCGGUGUAGAAAUAUUUAAAGCACUGGACGAUUUUUUCACGGAGCACAAUAUCUCGUGGCAGAGGUGCGUUGCAUUAUGCAGCGAUGGGGCCCGAGCCAUGAGUGGCAGCAAGACUGGACUGUUUGCGCAUGUAAGGAGGGUGGCUCCGGGGGUAAUUUGGACACACUGCCUGAUUCAUAGAGAGGCUCUCGCCUCCAAAGAUCUCAGUGUUGAGCUCAGUGGUGUGUUUGAUGUCGUUGUCAAGACGGUCAACUUCAUAAAACGAAACGCAUUGAAUACACGCCUGUUUUCAUCCCUAUGCCAUGACUUGGGAAGUGAACACAGCUCUCUCCUUUAUCAUUCAGAGGUGCGUUGGCUGUCUCGCGGCGCUGUGCUCGCCCGUGUGUUUGAACUACGCGGAGCUAUCUACGAGUUCUUGUGCGAGAAGCAUUCUGAUCUGGCUUCCAAUUUCAACGAUAGUUACUGGUUAACUAAGCUGGCGUACCUCACAGAUGUUUUUGCAGAGCUGAACAAGUUGAACAGCUCCAUGCAAGGGAGAGAUGCAAACGUCAUGCAGCUCUACGAGAAGCUCGACGCAUUUGUGAAAAAAAUGUCAAAGUGGAUCGAACGAGUGGAGAGCAAUAACUUGGCGAUGUUUCCUUCAGUUGAGGAAUACCCUGACAGCACUGACAUCAACGACACUAUAUGUGAGCAUUUGAGGAAGCUUGUGCGUCAAUUCGCAAAGUACUUCACUGAUUCGGAAGAGUGGCGCCGUGACAGCAAGUGGAUCCUGCUCCCAUUCAGUGACGAUGCAUCAGUAGGGUCAAGUCUGACGGCUGUGGAAGAGGAUAAGCUGAUUGAGAUGUCCACAGACUCUGUCAGGAGGCAUAUGUACGACACACAGCCCCUUGUUAAAUUCUGGAUAAGUUGCCAGACAGAAUUUCCACAGCUUGCUGCAAAAGCAAUGAGGUGUCUUUUGCCCUUUCCAACCACAUACCUGUGUGAGAGUGGUUUUUCUACACUGGCGUACUUAAAGAAUAAGUACAGGGAUCCAGAGAAUGACAUGAGACUGUCUCUGUCUACCAUUUCGCCACGAAUAGACAGGCUGUGUGGACUUCACCACGCCCAGAUAUCACACUGACAGACAAGCACUGAUGUAGCAGGGUUGCAACAGUUGUGGUGCUCUCCCUCUACCUGCAACCCCCAGUGCCUCACUGCAUGAUCUCAGACAUCCGAUAGAUCUACGAGGGGAAACAACUCCUUCCUCACCCAGGACCCUACCCUCUGGACUCCUGACUGCGACACUCAGUAGCCAUCUCCUCUUUCAACUCAUCUCCAGAAGAAGGAGCAGCACACAUUUUUCCACAUAGGAGUUGAACACCUCCACUUUGGUCAGUGGAGGUGUUGAAGAGCCAACCCCCCCCCACGCCCCUUGUAAUCCUUGUGAAUUUUUAAGAAUAUAUAUUUUCUCCUGGUUGGUUUGAGCCCGGUUCUGCCGGCCGUGUGACUUUUCAAAACUGGGGCGCGAUUCAUGGGAUGCAACCAUGUCGGAUCUCAGUGAGCGCAGGCCGGUCAACACGGACUACGCUGUCUCCCUGCUGGAGCAGCUCAAGUUCUUUUAUGAACAGAAAUUACUGACUGAUGUUGUGCUGCUGGUGGAGGACACAGAGUUCCCGUGUCACAAGAUGGUACUGGCCACAUGUAGCUCCUAUUUCAGGGCGAUGUUCAUGAGUGGCCUCAGUGAGAGCAAACAGACCCACGUUCACCUGAGGAAUGUGGACCCGGCCACCCUGCAGAUCAUCAUCACCUACGCCUACACGGGCAACCUGGCCAUCAACGACAGCACGGUGGAGCCGCUCUAUGAGACUGCCUGCUUCCUACAGGUGGAGGACGUCUUGCUGCAGUGCAGAGACUACCUUGUGAAGAAGAUAAGCGCUGAGAACUGCGUCCGCAUGCUGAGCAUCGGCGACCUGUUCAGCUGCAGCGAGCUAAAGCAGAGCGCUAAGCGCAUGGUGGAGCACAAGUUCCCCAUGGUGUACAGGCAGGAGGCAUUCCUUCAGCUCUCCCACGAGCUGUUGAUAGACGUCCUGAGCAGCGACAACCUUAACGUGGAGAAGGAAGAGACGGUUCGCGAGGCGGCCAUGCUGUGGUUGGAGUACAACAUGGAGGCCCGAUCACAGCACCUGUCUUCCGUGCUCAGUCAGAUCCGUAUUGAUGCACUGUCUGAGGUGACGCAGCGCGCCUGGUUCCAGGGUUUGCCACCGAACGACAAGUCUGUGGUGGUGCAGGGCCUCUACAAGUCGAUGCCCAAGUUCUUCAAACCUCGGCUAGGCAUGACCAAGGAGGAGAUGCUGAUCUUCAUGGAGGCCAUGUCCGAAAUGCUGGGUGACGGAUAUGUGAUGGCUGGGUCUGUGCCUACCAGAGUAGUGUGUUACAGCCCACAGGCGGAGAAAGUGUACAAGCUCAACAACCCCCCAGGAGACCUGCAGAAGGUGGGGACUCUUGUUACACCAGACAAUGAUGUGUUCAUUGCUGGGGGGCAGAUCCCUCUCAAAAACUCUAUCACCAACCACCACGGCAAGAGUGGUAAGCUACAGGCGGUGUUCCGCUCUGUCGACAGCUUCUUCUGGUUCGACGCCCAGCAGAACGCCUGGGUACCUAAAACCCCCAUGCUAUGUGCCCGAAUAAAGCCCUCCCUGGUCCACUGCGAGGGUUACAUCUAUGCAAUCGGAGGAGAUAACGUGGGAGGAGAGCUGAACAAGCGCACGGUGGAGCGCUACGACUGCGAGAAGGAUGAGUGGAGCAUGAUGAGCCCUCUGCCCUUCGCCUGGAACUGGAGUACCUCUGUGGUGGCGCACGACUGCAUCUACGUGAUGACCCACGACCUGAUGUACUGCUACUUCCCCCGCGCCGACACCUGGGUGGAGAUGGCCAUGCGCAAGACGAGCCGCUGCUUCGCCUCGGCGGCUGCUUUCGGGGACCUCAUUUUCUACAUUGGCGGCCUCCACGUGGUCAGUAACUCUGGCAUCCGCUUGCCCACGAGCACCAUCGACGGCUCCUCUGUCACUGUGGAGAUCUACGACGUCAACAAGAACGAGUGGCGCCAGGCCGCCAACAUCCCUGCUAAGCGGUACUCGGACCCAUGCGUGCGGGCGGUGGUGCUGCUCAACUCGCUGUGCAUUUUCAUGCGUGAGACCCACAUGAACGAGAGGGCCAAGUACGCUAUCUACCAGUACGACAUUGAGCUGGACCGCUGGUACCUGCGGCAGCCUGUGUCUGAACGCGUGCUCUGGGACCUGGGCAAGGACUUCCGCUGUGCUGUGGGGAAGCUGUACCCCUCCUGCCUGGAGGAAUCCCCCUGGAAACCCCCAACCUACCUCUUCUCUCCCGAUGGAGCCGAGGAGUUUGAGGUGGACGGGGAGCUGGUAACCCUCCCUCACGUAUAGCUCUUAACCUCCCCUCCCCUACCUCGCUGACUGAACCAGGAAUCUGUAACGCUGAGGGAUGAACAUGAAGGGGGGGCAGAUCACUUCUCUGAUAUGAAAGGGUUUGACGUUCUCUCUGUUGUGGAGGGAUGUCCUCAUGUUGGAGGCUUGCAUUAGCUACAGCUGCUGCUGAUGGACCGUGCAGCCCAGAUAGAAAAAAGCCCCUGGAAAACAAAAAGUAAUCUGAAAAAUUUCAGUUUCUUUCUUCUUAUUUUGUCAUUUGUGACAUCUGUUAGAUAUUACAAGUCUGUCAUACUGUUUCUACAAUGUGAUAAUCUAAACGUCAAGUGAUUUUGUGAUGAUGAUGAUGAUGAUUAUGAUGAUGCACUUAACUGGUUAACCUUCUCGGAAUGACAAUGGCAACUGUACCAAAAUCCCCUAGCCCCCCCCCCCCAUCUCCUCUGAUAAUGGCUUCCCCCUCUCCUCUUUUUCUCUUCUCUCACCACUGACAAAUAGAAACUCUGUGGAAAAUCUAUCGCAUUAAGUAUAAGGCUUGAAAGGCUCUCGGAAAAGUUAUUAGUUUGCUCCUUUGUGGAAGCAGCAGCUGUAGUUCAAUGGCUCCCAAACGAGAUCCAGUACCAAAAUGUUCCAUAGAAACUUCUCAAAUCAAUUUAAGCAUGUUUGAUUUUGAGCUGGUAGUUUUGCAAAUAAAAAUGCAGCAUAAGGUCCAUUUAAUGACAUGUUUUUCUCCAUCUCAUGGCGUUUAGCGCUCAAAGUCUUCUCGGCUUUUCUGGUUUACUUGUUAACACGUUUACCUCCAUUCUCUCCCCCUACAACUGAGCUACAAGAAGCUCCAGAAUAUGUCCAGUAUGUCGACAUGGUGCUAAGAUUUCUUUUGUGAAACUACUGAUAAAUGUAAACCUUUAAGCUACAUUUUUUUUGUUGCAUAAUAACAAUUAAAACAUCUGUGUUGCAAAGAGCUGGUUUUAAGAUAAUGGUCUGAAAAUGACAUACAAUUAUUACAAUACAUUUUAAGCAGAGCUGCUUCUAUUCAUUAAAGACUCAUGUUUUCACUAGUUUAGAAAUAAAUGAUUCGUCUUUUGGUCUAUACGAUGUAAAAAGGAAAAGCUCUAAUGGUAUUACUCAGUGUUUAAGCUACACCUGAUAUCUGCAUCCUAACUGGUCUUUAACUGUAAUUCCAUCAGCACAUGAAUGCAGCACUAAUGUAAUGUUAAUAAUGAUAGUGAACACCCUUCUAGCAAAUUCCUUUUAAUGAAAUCCUGCUGACAAAACAAUAUUGGAAAUAGUUGCAGCUCUAUUUAAAUGAUGAAUUGAUUGAGACUUGACCUUUCAGCAGGAUUUAAAUGGUGUCCAUUUAAAUCCCUGUUUACUACAACUACCAUCCUCCACAAAUGAGCAAAAUAAGUAUUAGAUUUAAGAGCGUUACCUUGAUCCGUGAAUCUCUUCUAUAGGCCCAGGAGAAGAGAGCAACAGGGGCUGUAGUUUUUGGGAGGAGGGGGGGAAACGGGUUAAGAGUGGGUGACUGCGGGUCCGGUCAUCCCUCACCUCGCCACCCUCGCCUCUGUCCUCCACCUUAGCGCUCCGCAGCCUGUCCGUGGGUCUGUCUGCACACAGGUCUUCCACACAGCUCGCAGUUUACACCUCACUCCAUCCAUCGUCACAUGAUCAUGAACAUGUUUCUUUCCACCAGGGUCUCUACACAACUCCACUCAGUAGGUUUUGGGCUCAUGCAUUUCUCCCCCCCCCCGCCUCAAGCUGCUGAAAUAUAUAUAAUAAAAUAUAUAUUUUUCAUAUGUUUAAAAGACAACUGUUUUAGUGUGGGGGGAAAUAACCAGGUCUAUUUUGUAUUAGUGUCUUUUUUAAUUUAACUUCAAACAUUACUGUAGUGUGAUUGUGGGUAGAUAUCCAUUUCCCUAUCAGAUUGAAUUUUUUCUCGAGUGAAAAUUGAGGAAUCUUGCUGCUGAUUGGUUGUGAGGAGAGGGCUGGCCCACGACUGUUGCUAUGGAAAUCGUCCCGGCAACCACUAGUAGUAGUGGAGAGGGCAGGUUGGGGUUGGGCAGGGGAGGGAGGGGGGGGGACGGGGGUCUUGCUCCUACCUUUAAAAACAUGAGCACAGGUGCUUCAUGACAAACCUUACUAGCAUGUUUGGCUGCAUCAUAUUCCUUUGGCACUGUAUUUUGAAUGAACGUUAAUUUAUUAAAAAACAUACCAAAAACGUU